CUUACGAGUUGAUCCACACACUCUACAGGUGCACUCAAGACACACUCUCCGACUGCACACACAUAGCCUACAGCACCUUAUCCGCUGCUCAGAGAAGAGGGAGCAAUGACUGGCUGUCACUGGGGAUAUGGGAAGGACAACGGUCCAUCAGCAUGGCUCAAAGACUAUCCCAUUGCCGAGGGUAACCGCCAAUCACCUAUUGAUAUAGUCCCUGCAGAAGCUGUAUUUGACGCCAGACUGUCUCCUAUCUCGCUGUCUUACAACAACUGUACCUCCCUUACCAUAUCAAACAAUGGCCAUUCUGUAGUAGUGGAGUUCAUUGACUCAGAUGAGAGAUCAGUAAUCCGAGGAGGGCCUCUGGAAAACAUGUACAGACUUAAACAGUUUCACUUCCACUGGGGAGGCAAGGGUUGCAGUGGUUCUGAGCAUACGGUUGGUGGGAAAACAUAUGUGUCUGAGCUUCAUCUGGUUCACUGGAACGCCAUAAAGUACAAGUCCUUUGGUGAGGCAGCAGCAGCCCCUGAUGGCCUGGCUGUCCUUGGCAUCUUUCUGGAAUCAGGUGAUGAACACCGUGCUCUUCAUCAGAUAACAGAUGCCUUGUAUAUGGUUAAAUUCAAGGGAAGUGUAGCUGAUUUUAAGGGCUUCAACCCAAAGUGCCUCCUGCCCAACAGUCUGGAAUAUUGGACGUACCCAGGCUCUCUCACCACUCCUCCACUGUAUGAGAGCGUCACUUGGAUUGUGCUGAAAGAACCUAUUUAUGUGUCCGAGAAGCAGAUGGGAAAGUUCCGGAUGCUGCUGUUUAACGGAGAGGAGGAAGAGGACCGAAAGAACAUGGAGAACAACUUCCGACCACCACAGCCACUGAAAGGCAGAAAAGUGCGGGCCUCUUUUAAGUAGCGCGUUUGCUUAUUGUGAUCAACCAUACUUCGAAGGGUUUGGUUUUUUUUUUAAUCAUGUCACUGUCUGCUGCUUAAAUGUUUUGGCCAAUGACCUCGAACACAGUUUGACUUUCACAUUGAGCUCUUUGAAUCAGAGGCUCUACAGUUUUAGAUCCCUUCUCAUCCACCUUGAUCAGGCUUGUGUAUGCAGAUCCUUAUUGCAGGAGAUAUUUGUGCUUCUAAAGGGUCCAAGCUGAUGGGGUCUGACAAGCCGGCUGUCGUCUGCUUUCUCACCGCUAUAGGAAAGGGUCGGUAAUCCAGGAGCCUGAAAUUUAACCCGUUAGUCUCCACCAGAGGCUCUUGGUAACUUUUGAUAAGGCUUGUGUCAUUUAGGCUGUUUGGUGCUUUCAAGAACAUAGACCUGAUGGUGGCAGAAUCAUUAAUACUUAAUGUUGCAUUAUUACACUGAAAUGUCUCAUUGUUAUACAGUACGUAGACAACAUUUCUGUUUAUCCGAUUGUUGUGACUCCAUGAAGUAAGUCUUUACAGACUCUUUUUUUAGCACUGCACUGUAGUGAAUUUUCCUGUGCUACCAGUGAAGCCUUAUAAAUGCUUUUACUGUAAUAGGAGGGUGAUGUGUGGAGGUUGAAAUGAAUGAUGGAUUACUGCUCACACUUAAAAAACAGUUCCUAUAUGUAAUUCCUAAUGGAAUCUCUGGCAUGGCUGUAGGAGAGUUAAGGAAGAUCAGUGCCGUAUUUAGACUCGACUUCUGGAUAACAUCCAGUUGAAACUAUACAGGGAUUUUUCUUUGGCCGUAUUUGGUGGUUGGCAAGAUUUCAUAUAUAUUUUAUAUUGUGUUUGGUCUUUUUAUCAAAUAUGUACAAAAUAAAAAUUAUUUUAAUAAUCUA